AUGAUCAGGCAUUAUGAUAUCUACUUUGUAGAUGGGUCUGUGCCAAACAGAGAAGUAAUUAAUCAAUUUUUGAGGAUUUGUGAAGAAGAGCCAGAAUGGGCUGCAGUGCAUUGUAAGGAUGGGCUUGGAAAAGCGAACACACUAAUUGGGAUGUAUGCAAUGAAGCAUUAUAGAUUCCCAGCUGAAGAUUUUAUUGGUUAUAUAAGAUUGUGUAGGCCGGAAGUAUGUUUGGCCCCCAGCAGCAAUUUUUAUGCGAUAUGCAGGAGCAAGCGUUUGGCUGGAGUGAUGAUUUUAAUGGUGAAAAUGAUAUUGAAAACAGAGUCUAUGUAAUUUUAAUAUAGAGAAUGGAAGUUUCAAGUCCUGAAGAAACUAAGAGCCCAAUGUCUCCAGAAGAUAAACGUAUUUCGAUGUUUGGAGAUAAUGGACAAGCUGAAAGGCUUAUGCAUGCUAAAAAAUCAAACCAAAAUUCGCCAAAUGUAA